AUAACCUUCCCAGAUCUCCAGGCCCCGCCCGUUCUCUCUUUCUCUCAUCUCUUCGGUUAUAUGACCGCUUGCUGUCGGGUGGCUUUCAUUUGAGGUGACUAUCUGUCUUCCAGCUUUGCUGUUCGAAUCGUCCGUCAUGGCGCAAAUCCGCGGCACCGCGGGCUACAAUCUCGGCCACCAGAACCCCUUUGGCGGACCAGGCAGGGCAGAUGCAACAAAUGAUCCAAGUCCGUUAGACGCCAUUCGGGAGCAGACGAGCAAGAUCGAGGAUCUGCUGGACACGCUUUCGGAUCCUAUUAAACCAUACCUACCAGCAAUUGGCCGUUUCCUGAUCGUCGUCACCUUUCUCGAAGAUGCGUUGCGUAUUAUUACACAAUGGAGCGAUCAAUUGCUAUACCUCCAUGAUUACCGACAUAUCCCAUGGGGCAUCACGCAUCUUUUCCUGAUUGCCAACGUCAUUGCCAUGACCACUUGCUCGGUCCUCGUUAUCGCACGGAAGCACAGCGAAUAUGCCGUUGGAGGACUCUUGGGAGUUGUCGUGACUCAGGCCCUUGGCUAUGGACUGAUCUUUGACCUAAACUUCUUCCUGCGCAACCUGAGUGUGAUCGGUGGUCUUCUCAUGGUCCUUUCGGAUUCCUGGGUUCGCAAGAGGUUUGUUCCUGCCGGUCUCCCUCAGCUGGACGAGAAGGACCGCAAGAUGUACUUCCAGUUCGCUGGUCGCGUUCUUCUUAUCUUCCUGUUCAUCGGAUUCGUCUUCGCGGGCGAGUGGUCCUUCUGGCGCGUCGUAGUCAGCUUGUUCGGAUUCGUUGCCUGCAUCAUGGUGGUCGUUGGAUUCAAGGCCAAGUGGAGCGCUGUCAUUCUCGUCGUGCUUCUCAGCGUGUUCAACAUUCUCGUGAACAACUUCUGGACUCUGCACGCUUACCACCCACACAAGGACUUCGCCAAGUACGACUUCUUCCAGAUUCUGUCCAUUGUCGGAGGUCUCCUCCUUCUGGUCAACAUGGGACCCGGCCAACUGAGUGUCGACGAGAAGAAGAAGGUGUAUUAGGGGCAACCAAAGCUUAAGGCAAGAUUUUACGAAUCUUACGUCUCAAGUCUCUUACAAAAAGAAGAGAUCAUAUUAUUAGUACGGCAGAGGAAACUCAUCUUGACGUAAAAAAAAAUCAAAAUGGCCGUCCUUUUCCUUACAACUCAUGGUUUAUUGGCGUCUUAUCAUCACAACUCGUUGUUUCCCUGCAUAGCCAGCUCACUACGCGAUCUCCAAGAUCGCAUUUUCUAUAGCUUUAUCAACCAUCAAACCCUU